UCAGGGUCCGUGGCAUUCUGGCUAUGGGGAGCACAGCAUAUAAAAGCGUGGCAAAAUUUUGACACCAGGGCAGUUGUGAAUCAGACUUCACAGCGCAUUUCCUUUCCAUCGCACCUCGUUACUACCCAUUUGGCCCUUACUAUAUAGAUCGGGCCCACUGCAGUCGGCUUUCCCAGACAAUCCUCGAAUCUCAAAUCCGGCUCAACCCUGCAUUGAGAUUCCUCAUGUCCUUCCGCAAUCUUCAACACCUCCUAGAGGCUGUGUCCUCGAAGGAAAAUACUGGCAAAAUCAUUUCAUACCCCUUGGGAAACACCAGGACCCCCACCAUAUGCACGUAUGCCCAGCUGCUGGAGCAGGCUCAGAAGGCCGCCUGGAUACUUCGAUCCAACGAUGCCUUCCGGCCUGGGUCCGUCCUUCUGCUGCAUUUCAAAAGCCACUGGGACAACAUCCUCUGGUUCUGGGCAGCUCAGCUAGGCGGGUUCACGCCGGCCAUGUCCACGGCGUUCUCGAGCAAUGUGGCUCACCGCACUGCGCACCUAGAGCACUUGUCCAAGACGCUCAUGGAUCCUGGAUGUCUCACCAGAUCGAAUCUGCUCUCUGAGUUCGCGGGCCAAGACGCCAUCCACCCUGUCGCCAUCGACUCUUUCGACCUAGACAAGGCCCCCUAUGCCGAGCGUCACUCGCACUACCGGGAUGCCGAUCCCAGCGACACCGCAGUGUUGAUGCUCACGUCGGGAAGCACCGGCAACUCCAAGGCUGUGGCACUCGCGCACCAGCAGAUCCUGGCUGCGGUGGCGGGCAAGUCGUGGGCGUUGCCCGUCCCCCAGGACACGGCGUUGAUGAACUGGGUCGGGCUGGACCACGUAGCCGGACUGACGGAAAUCCAUCUAAACGCCAUGCACGCCCAGCAGGACCAGGUGCAUGUGCAACCGCCGGACAUGCUGGGUGAUGUGGCGCUGUUCCUGGACUUGAUCGACCGACAUGCCGUGUCGCGUACCUUUGCUCCUAACUUCUUCUUAGCAAAGGUGCGCUCCGUGCUUCAGCACCAGCCUCCUGGUGGGUUUGGCUGGAAUCUGUCCCGCUUGCGAUAUAUUGUGUCUGGGGGCGAGGCCAACGUGACCAAGACCUGCGACGAGGUGUCAACCCUCUUGGCGCCUUUCGGGGUUCCCCGCAAUGUCAUCAUACCAGGAUUCGGCAUGACGGAGACUUGUGCUGGGUCUAUCUAUAGUCAAGCAUGUCCACAGUAUGACCUGGCGAAUAAUCUGCCAUUUGCGUCCGUCGGUCGCUGCAUCCCCGGGAUGCAGAUGCGGGUGACGGAAGGCGACAACGAGCCUGUCCCGGCGGGCGCGACGGGGAACCUUGAAAUAUCUGGCGCCGUGGUGUUCCAGCGGUACUUCAACAACCCAGAAGCGACUGAGGCCUCCUUCACGAGCGAUGGAUGGUUUAAAACGGGCGACCGGGCAACGAUCUGCGAGCGCGGGUACCUGACACUGAUGGGACGCGCCAAAGAGACGAUGAUCGUCAAUGGGAUGAAGUACAACCCGUCCGAGAUCGAGAGCGCGAUCGACGAGGCACAAAUCCCAGGGCUAGCAUCUAGCUUCACCUGCUGCUUCUCGUCAUUUCCGCCAGGUGGGGAAACAGAGGAGAUCUUCCUGGUGUACCUUCCGACGUACAGCCCUGAAGAUAUGGUCGCCCGGGCCCAGACGGCAGACCGCAUCGCCAAAACAGUGCUGAUGUCGACGGGAUCACGGCCCCAGAUCCUGCCGCUGGACGCAUCGAUGCUGCAGAAGUCGGCCUUGGGCAAGCUGUCACGAAGCAAGAUCAAGACGGCCUAUGAGAAAGGUGACUACAAGACGUAUCAAGAAGUCAACCGCGAGAUGAUCACGCUGUAUCGCGCCGCCACGCGACAGGCGCCACAGACCGAGUUGGAACGGCAACUGCUGGCUGUAUUCACGGCAUCGCUGCCACUGCCCGAUGAAUUCGACGUUCAGACGCCCAUCUUCGACAUGGGGAUCUCGUCGAUCGAGCUGAUCAAGCUAAAGAAGAACAUCGAGGAACAUCUAGAGUUGGUCGAGGAGAUCCCGAUGAUCACGCUCAUGACCAAGACCACCGUCCGUGCGUUGGCUGCAGCGCUGCAGGAGAGCCAAGCCGGCAAGACAGCCGAGUACAGCCCCGCCGUAACGCUCCAAAGUGGCGGCGACAAGGCACCCCUGUGGCUGGUGCACCCCGGGGUGGGCGAAAUUAUGGUUUUCCUCAACCUGGCCAAGUUCAUCACCGACCGUCCGGUGUACGGGCUGCGGGCGCGGGGGUUCAACGAGGGAGAGAAGCCAUUCUCAGACCUAAACGAAGUCAUCCGAACCUACCACACGGCCAUCAAGGAGAAGCAGCCGAUGGGUCCAUAUGCCCUCGCCGGGUACUCGUACGGGUCCAUGCUCGCGUUCGAGGUGGCCAAGGUGCUGGAAGGCAACGGCGACGAGGUUCGGUUUGUCGGCUCGUUCAAUCUCCCCCCACACAUCAAGUUCCGCAUGCGUCAGCUUGACUUCACCGAGUGUCUCUUGCAUCUGUCAUUCUUCCUCGACCUGAUGACCGAGGAGCGGUCGCGCGAGCUGUCCGUCGAGCUGGAGGGGGCGGGUGAGGACGACGCGAUGGUCAAGAUAAUGGAGAAUGUGCGACCAGAGCGUAUGAUUGAGCUCGCCCUAUCUCAGCCCGCCCUCAUCAAAUGGGCAAAAUUGGCCUUUGCGAUGCAGAGCAUGGCGUGUGACUACGAUCCCCUCGACUCGAUCGCGGGCAUGGACGUGUUCUACUGCAUCCCGUUGGCGGUGGUGGCGUCAUCCAAGCAGCAGUGGCUCGAGGAGCAUCUCAGCAAGUGGAGUGACUUCACACGCUCCGAACCACGAUUCCAUUCGGUGGCGGGGGCGCAUUACACGAUGCUGUCGCCUGAGCAUGUGUUUGGGUUCCAGAAGACCUUGCGAGGGGCGAUGGAAGCGCGUGGGGUUUAGUACAUAUUUGAAUGCGUUGAUUAUGAGAUAUUUGAUGUAGGUUAGAAUAAAUCUGUUGGUAGUGCGUGGCCAUAGAAUGAAUGGUGAUCAAUUGUUGACACGAAGCUGAAGUGAAGCCAAAGUUGAAGAUCAUCUCGUAUCCGAUCACUGACCUGACUAACCCGAUUCGGUCGCAUCGGAG